CCGGUGGUCGCUUCUCGGAGGGAGAGAAGAGACGACCGGAAAUACGUCUGCUGUACUGUGUAGUUCUCUAUUCUCGGGCUUGGAACAACCAGAUGCAUGUGCCUAAUAUGCGGACGGCAUCAUUUUAAUCAAUAUCAUGAUUCCCUUGGACGGCUUAGUUGGAAAGGACCCGGUCAAAAUACCUUGCAGUCACGUGAUCUGUCUGCAUUGCAUUUCUGAAUGGAUAGUACAGGAACGAAAUUGUCCUAUGUGCAGACAGGACAUCCCUGAGGAUUUUAGGAUACAGUCCACCCAAAUUAUAAGGUUAGAUUUCUUUUCUUACUUAAAAGGGUUAGUUUCUAGUUUGGAGUGAAAGGCGGAAAAUUACAAACUUGUCCCCCUUACUUUUAUUUAUUGCCUAGAAAGAUGGUUUACAGCUUACUAUUAAAUUAAGAACCAACGCCUUGGGUCGAGGCCAACGGUUAUGGGGGACCUUACGAACAACUUAUUGACCAAAACGUGCAAAACCAAUAAACAUGAAAGUGACUGAACAAAAAUGAACAAAUUUGAUUAAAAAUCUGCGACAAACAUUGGCGUAACAGUCAACGGAUCGAAACGGUGCUUCUUUUAAUUGAGGAUGUUGUCCUGCUACGGCUCAUUUCAGUGUGAUCAUGUUUGUCCCUGGGAAAAUUUGAGGUGUACUGAUGAACUACUGCUAAUAUCUUUCUGUUGCGCCAUUUUUAGGAAAGCUGUCCAAGAACACUCUGACUUUCGCCGCCGAUGUAACUCUUUCUUCAUGGAGCUUGUUUCAUUAUUUUGUUUUGGCGCUGAAGGUGGUGAAAGUGUAAUGAACAACGAGCUGUUCGACAUGUUCAUGAGUUACGUGAUCGAAGCUGCUAGUUCUAAAACCAAAGACUUUUCUCCUUUCCCUGAGCAUGGUAUUGAUGCAACUGCUGUGGUGAGGUCAUUCCUACUACAGCAACUACUGAGGACACGGUAUGUAAUGGAAGCAUUUGUUGUUUCAUUUGUAGGUAUAAUUCCAUUGGUUGGUGGUUAAAUAGUUGUUAAACGCUAAUCCAGGAUUUACUGUUAACAAAGCACUGUUUUCGCAUCUAGUUUAUUUAAAUAUUUAUGUCUUUAUUACUUCAUUUACUUAUUUCAUCAUUUAUCUAUUUGUCGAAUCCCAUUAAAAAGACACCCAUGUUAGGCAAUGUACACACGAAUUCGGGCAUUUUUGAAACCGCAUAUCUUUUAUCCGGAUCCGUCUGACGGGGCCUUAAGCCGCUUUCAUAAAAAAUGCGGUUUCGGUGUCCCGCGGAUUCACUCGUGGAGACGGACAGCGGAUUAGUGCAAAAACGUAUGCGGUUUCAAAAAUAUCCGGAUUGGUGUGGAGGGGGGCUUAUAAAAGUUGGUGUAGUGACUGAGUUCCAUUCACCCAUGACUUAACGCUUCAACUUUCAUUAUUAUUCAUUUAAAAUAUUUCUCCUUUCCUAAUUGGCUGAAAGCACACGCACAAUUCACCAUAACCAAUUACUGAUGAACAAAUUUGGAAGAAUUUUGCAUUUAUAAUUAUACCUGGAAGUUUGAAAACUGUGUUAACAAACAUUUUGUAAUUUCUCUUAACUUCCCCUGUCUAAUAGCUUCUUUACUGAGUUUUUUUUUUGUUCGUUUUGUGGUUAGGGAUUUGUGUAGAAGUGGCUGUAGACAGAAUGUCGCGCAUUUCUAUCUACCCCCCACCCCUUCCCCCUUCACUCCCUUCUUGUUUUUUUUUUCGAUCCUACUCACAAUUCUAAAUUUAACACAAGUGGCAGUUAUUUAAAAUCAGUGCUCGCCUAAAGGUGGUUUCGGUGCCGUUUAGCAGUUAACAUUUCGUUAUUGGUCACCUUGAGAAAAUUUUCCCGGAGAGCAUCAUGUAAAGCUCUGAGAUGGGACAAUGUUAAGACGAUUCGCAGAGUUUACAUCGUCCAAUAUCGUAUUGUAUUCUCGUUUCAUUUGGUUAAACGGAACAAUCACCCUGAUUCGGACUGAGACAGAAAGAUACGAUAUUGUUCGCUUUUCUAAGGUGACUUCUAAGUUUUUGGGCUCGGAAACAGGCUCUUGGGAGUCAAAUGAAUUAGGCGAGAGAAACAUUGCAGGUGAACUUUGACCCAGACCCUGCUGUGAAAACAAGGUCUAGGCUGGUCUGCCGACCGUGUGAUCGUAAAUCCGGGAACUUGAAUAAGACGAGUGUAAGAGAAAAGUUCAGAGGUGUUUAUCUGCCAAUGGGCUGAGUUUUUACGAGAUAUUCGAUGAUAUUUCGCUUGUGUUAAACGUCAGAAGAUUAUGCGUGGCUGUUGAUAGUCUUAUCAGUGCCGCGAAAGUGUGUGACUAGAGACGUUUAGCAUCAGGUUUUUCAUGGGAAACCGCAAACCGCAGUUUGCAGUUACGAUUUGGCAGUUUCACGUUGCCGAGAGUAUAAUUUUAGCAAGGCGUUCAGUUCAUUUAUUUUUAUUUAGCCAAAAUACAAUACAAUACAAGAAUACAUAUAGGAACUGUAAGUUUGCAAGGGAGCCCAGAAGAAACCAGAAGGCUUUUGAAGCCUGGGCUCCCCAGUCACAAAGAAAUAAGUAAAAUAAAAUGAAAUUCACGGAGUGAUACGUUAAAAAUAGGAACUAAACAGAUACUGAGUUAAGUUAUGAAUUCAGUAACAAGAAAGAAAAAAAAUUUUAACCCUGGAUUGGAACAGAAAACUUUCUUAUGUUAGUACGGCAGAAAGGAAUAAAAAAUCAAUUUGAACCACGCGUUCAUUGUUUAGUGCCGCCAUGUUGUUUUUCAUCAAGUCGAAGUGCAUCACUUUCAUCGCUCAAAAAACAGGAAUAAUUCAUUGAUUCGAGAUCGAAAAUCCAACAAAUACAUCGCAAACUGGUAUAAAAAUCAAGUUCGUGCCUUUAACCGCGAGGCUGUACAAUUUUUAAUGGCAAAAAACAUUGCCGUAAAUCACUUACCGCUGGAAGCCCUUCCUGCGGUUCAAAGGUGAACGUGACCGCAAGGCCAUGGUCACGUGACAGUUUGCGGUUUGCCAUGAAAACAUGAUGCUAAAGGUCUCUAUUGUGUGAUUUCCGCAUGGUGUUGACAGGUAUGUGGUCGCGUGGUUGAGCUGUUUCGCCAAAAUAUUCUGUGCCAGCCAUAGAAACGUUUCUUCGGUGUUUAGGUUUCCUGAUUGUACCUUGGAAAAGCAACUCUCGACUCAGGGAAAUUGGAUCUACACCUAGUGUCUGAAUCCUGGUUUUGGGAGAAGAAUCUGUUUUCUUCAUUUUUCAUACGCUUUUUAGGCAUUUUGAAGACACGUAGGUGAUAACAUGCAAUAAUAACGACCUUUGAAACUAUUUGCUCAACAUAGCAAGUUUUUACAAGGCAGUUCCCUCAUUAGCCAUAUCGGGCCCACUCCCCUAACUGGAGCCGAGUACUGCGGAAGUUGGUCAGGCACGAUUUUUGGAGUAACGCGAAAAGUACUCGAUCACAAAAACACGAUGUAUCAUCAAUAUUCGCAACAAAUUAACUAGAGAAACACGGCUAAAUGACGUAUAUUUCAACCACAAAUGAAUUGCAUUUGAUAUAAUAUGCGUCAAACAGGCCAGCCCGUAAAGUGAAUAUAACAGUACUCACUUGAUUCAUUAAGGAAAAAUUAUCCUGUUCUUUUUUCUCUCCAUUUCAAAGUGAGUACUGUGACUAAACAGCUAAAAAUUGUGUUUUCGCUGUAAAUAAAAGCGUCAAACUAUGUAUCUACAGACGCGUUUUCUCUCUAGUCCCUGAUAUGUUAAGAUUUGCAAGGUUUUAGAGUGAGUACUGUUGGUGAGUUCCGUCGAACUAUGUAAAUCAGUUCUAAGUAAACUAGCUUGGUUGUUUACUUAGUUCGUGACAAAUAGCAAAUAAACACAAAUAAAUAUUAGCAACACUUUCAACUAAAAAAUGAGCCGGUACAAUUCUCGUGAAGUCAGCGAAAAACAGCUUUUUUCUUACAUCACAAUUGCAUAGCUCGUGUCGUAUUUUUGUGUUGUACAAAUGACAAGGACGGCUAUUCAUAUCGCUUAAUAUUUUUUUCACGGCCGUUCUAUCUUUUGGAAAACAUUGUUAUUUUCUCUACCAAGCCGACUGGAUUUUUUUGACAUUCGCAGUGCUCAUAUUGAGUAAUGGCGACUGUAAUGUUGCCAUAUCUGAGUAACUUUUAUACCAGGUGAAGCACCUUGUGCUUUGUCGUAUAUCCACGACUCUAGCUCUUUGGCCUGCCGAAAUUCUUACUGUGUACACCAUCAUGUUAGUAACUCGUUGCUUCCCUUGACUGUUUUCGGACGUGAGUCUUGUUGAAAGUUAUGUUAUCCUUUGGAAUUAAUCACGCGCUUUGAGAUACUACAAUAUUCGUUUCGAGCAAAGUCAUCAAACACGUUCAAAAAACUGCGAAAAGCUGGGAAAAGGUUUGUUUAACAACGAUUUUUCAUCAGAAGCCCGAAAAACCCUUUUACAAGCUUGAAAACCCCUCAAAAUUGCCGUUUUUUCUACCGACCUCUUUUUUAGACAAUCAUGGACAAAAGUCUUGGGAUACUUUUGCAUUUCUGGGGCGUUUUCCGAUUCACACAAGUCCAACCCCUCCCCUCACGCUACAAACAAUGUUGGACGCGUGUAUCCAGAAUUUUUUUUCGAGUUUCAACUUUGUAUAGGGUGGGGGGUGGGAGAACUGGGAGAAAUUUUCGAAAAGGAUGCACCGUUUUAAGAGGGAAUCGAGAAAUGACAGAAAAAAAAUGAAUAUUGCAGUACUGUCCCAAGGACUUUUCUCGGUCCAGGAUAAUUCUUCAUAUGACACUCAGCCUUAUUCAUUAAUUGUUAAACUUAUCUGGUUGGUAUGAUUUUUGCUUAGUGAUAAGGAAGUCAAGGAGCACUUGUCGCUCUAUUUAACGAAGGCUCGAGGACUGAAACCAGAGAUUGGCCAUUUGUUGCAAGUCUGUCAGCUGUUUGUACACUGCUGGGAGGUAAACUUUCAAUUCAUUACAUGUCGUUUUGAGAUGGCGAUCUUUUAACAGAAAUGAGCUACUCAUAGCAUGCUUAUGAUUACCCUCAGUCAUUAUCUUAAGUUACCUAGAACUCGAGGUAGAUAUAUAAAGGUGGUACCCACGCGCUGCAAAAAGGAGAACGCGUUCAUAGUUUGAAAGAAGCCUGUUAAUGGCAGGAAAUGCAUCUGUGUUCUUAAGGGCUUAAGAGUUUUAGAAGAGAGGAAGGGUUAAGUUUACGAAGAAAAACUUCCGAAUGCAUGGAAUAAAACCAAUAGCAAUCCCUUUAUUGGAAACCAUCCUGACAAAUCUCACAUAAUUACGCUGAAUUUUAGGAUUCUCUGAUCAGUCAGUAUUCUAAACCCUCGAAUAUUCUGCUGGCGAUGAUAAAACUUGCACAACAACUUUCUGAUGAAUGUACGCCAAUGCUGAUUUUAAGUUCACCUCGUCCCACUCGAGAACUUGAUGUUGAUGUGCUGGAAGGCAUUGCAAAAGCGCGUUACACCUUAGCACUGACUGCCGAAUUUAUGUACAAGAGCACAGUAGAAAACACAGAGCCUUGGAAUGAUCGCCAGAUAAAGAUGAAAUUGGAGACUCUCUUUGAAACUGUAAGGAGACUGUGUUACGAGAGUUUAAGCCCAGCUCCCCGACUUUUCCUCCUCAAACAAUUGGCAAGGAGAUUUGGUGUGGAGACAAUUCAUAUGCUGUGUGGUAGGCAGGAGCUUGAGUGGAUUGUACCACCUGAGAGCAGAAACAAGCAGGUACAAAACAUAUCUAAAAAUAAAUCAUUUUAUUGCUCAAUUAAAAUAUCUCUCGGUUUCUGUUGACUUAAAUUCCACGCUUUAGGGUUGGUGAGGUACUUUUCGCCCAUUACACAGCUUGGUCAGUAACCCUAGGAACCUUGCAGCAUACUUGUGAUUUGAAACAUCUGAAUAGUAGACUUCUGAACUAAAAACGAGGGAAAUCUACCAUAUUGUAACCACGUGACAAUGCAAUAUUUUUCGCAGAAACUGGGUAAACAAAGCCGUCACCAAUUGCCUUUUGCAAUUGUAUGAAAAUGUGUGUAUUAUAAGAAUUGUUGAAACGUGAUCGACAUAGCACACGAUUAGCUUAAAUUAGUUAGCGCCGGUCCAACACUCAGGAUCUUAAUAGGACUGACAGGAUCGGAAUGUGCUGUCUUUGUUGUGACACCUGCAAAUGGCUUCUCGGAUAACGACAACCUUGCCCGGGCAUAAAAUUGUAUGGGGACUUUCGAGAACCCAUACACUGCUCGGAAAGAGUAGCGGGAAAGUCUCGAAAAGCCCUGACGGGGGUGAAUAACUUGCGUUUUACACUUAGUGCCAAGGUGUCCUCCUGAGUACGAUGCUAAACUUGUUCAUUAAGUAUUACUUAGUGAAUUGCUGUUUGUUUGUUUAUGAAUUUCUUUGUUGGUAAUGCCUAUUUUUCAAGAUAUUGUGAUUUCAAUUUUCAUAUGUCAGCUGAGUAAAGGUUUUUGUUAGCCCUAAUCUCAGUGGAAAAAAUGAAAUUUAUGAGUCCGCGUGAGUUUACUUCGCAAGAUCUUUUCUGUUGGUGUUUAUUUGUUUGCUGGUUUGAUUGUUUGUUUUCCAGGAAGAAGACAAUGUACCUGAUGGGUUCGUGAUUUAUGGAGAAGAAUACAAGAAGAUCAGAGAAGCCAUGGCCAAAACAGUGCUUGGUGGAACAAACAGAGAGCUGACUGACGCACUAAAGGUAUAAACAAAUCUGAAAUACUUUAGUCUAACGUUAUCAGUUAUUUUUCCUUUUGUACUCUUUAUAUUUUGCUGUUGAGUGUGCUUCAGUUGAAAGUUCUGAAUCCAAAACCAAAGUAUUUAACUUUGCUAAUCGCAGUAGGUGAUGACAUCACACAAACUAUAGGGCAAACAAAUUCGGGAUCGUGUUCGUAACAAACAUAACCAGUUAUUAGUCAAUGGUCGUCUUUGGAUACACAUAGACCAGUCAUUAACGCUUGUCCACCCAAAAACGUUCCCUGAAAUCUUUGCGCCGAGAGCUUUUUUCCGAUCUCCCGUAGUUUAUGAGUGGCGAAUGAGGACGCCCCUGUGCGUGGGUCUUUUGUCUGUGACUGAAAAAUCAAAAAAAAGUUUCACACUUUGUGAGACUCACAUGAUGUUUCUUGUUACAUUUCAGUCCGUUACCGUAACAAACGUUGUAAGAGAGGUUAUGCUGCUGUUGUCUUUAUUCCGUGAAGUUACCACAACAUGUUAUGGCUUCACUGGCAAAGAACGUCGUCUCUCCACCAAGGUACGUGUUCCAGAAAAGAAAAACAAAUAUAACGCGAUAGUGGUAUCGUAUGUUUCGAUGUUAUGCCCCAGUCAGAUGUACAAAAUUUAAUUUAAAUUUGAAUUAUUAAAAUAUGGCUGGGGCAUAAUAUCGACAAAGACGAUAUCAUUAUCAUUUCACGUUAUUACGUACGUUUCUCCCUUCUCCCAAAUACUUUUUGUUACUCAUUUGCAUGCAAUGAAAGUUUACAACACCCGAACAGUUAGCCAUCGAAGUUUUGCUAAUCAAGAUUCUCCCUUAUUUUUUGACCAAUGAUUUUUGUUCACUUGUUCCAAAGUAAUCAUGUUCCGGAAAAGUUCUAAAUCGCAUUAAUCUUUCCUAAGCUUUCUUCGCAAAACAUGCGUGGCUUCGGUCGCGCAACGAUUAUUAUUCCCAGGCGGUUUCCAAGGUCUCCGCUAGGAACGCCUGGGACCAUGUCUUCCCUUUUGUGUACUUGAUACAGUGAAAAAAGGACGGCUUGCAGAUAAGGAGUCUCGCUGCUACGCAAGCGACACUAAUAAAGCAUAUUACUUCAGGUCUUCUUCGUCAAACCAAGUAAAACGAGUAUUUGUAUCCUCCUACACGUUUGUUCCUUUUUUGCUCAAACAGGCCCACCAGUGUCUUCAGGAAUUCAUACAAGAGGGCACAUAUUUGUCUGGAAAUGUAAGUCAUGGAAUGAGCUCUUGCUGUCUGUAAGCUUAAACGAAAAUCAAAAGUUGGAGAAAUUGAACUUCCUAAGAUGAGAGUUAUGCCCAAAUAUUAUUUCUCAGGAAGAGGCUUUCGGUCUCAACGAUACCAUAGUGCGAGCUUAUGAAUAAGACCCCCUUUCUUGCUUAAUCACUUCAAAGACCCGUUUAAUAUCCCAAGAUUUGUUUCUACAUACAGUGGCUUUCUUUAAAUUUUUCCAUCCUAUUAGCUGAAAUUUUCUGAUCUAGUUAUUUUUUCCCUUUCUCCCCAACUUUCUUUUGUGGUUAGGCUGUGAGAGUAAUUUUGUUGUUGUUGUUUGCUUCUUUAUGUUCACUUUCUGAAGUAUUGCGUCCUACAGAUCCAACCAUUUGCCGCUCAACUCCUCGACAAUACACAAGGUGCUCCAGACAUUCCCAGUGUUCGAGUCAGGUCUGGUCGCUCAGGCUUAGAGCAGAAUUUGUCAGAGCUUGUAAUUCAUACUACGACUGUGCUUCAGUCCAUUAAUCACGUGACCAUUUGCGAACCACUGCGACUGCUCAUGGAUAAUCCUGCGGCCUUAAUGGUACAGUUCUGUUUUCGCUUUUCUUUCCUUUUUUUUUUUCUUCUUGAAGGACGGUUCCUACCGAUUGCCAAAAUGCAAAAUAUGAAUUGCAAAUAAAAUGAAAGAAACAGAUGUGCUCCUCGCAGUUUUAAGAUAAAGUUAAAAAACGUACCAAAUGCAGGCUUGGUUAGAGUGUGAAACCGAUGACCAGAGACACUGUUUUGUCCAAUGGACCAUUUUCACGAUGACAACAUUUGACUACAUUUCGUUUCUGCUUUCCUAAAUUUGUGUAAAUCCCGCUUAUGUUUAAAAAACAAUGCCUCUUAUUUGCACAAUAAUACAACAAACUGAAGUACUCUUGUAGUUGUAGUAAAGUGACGUCAUCGAGCAAUUGUCCUGUUGAGGUAACAGGGCACUUAAGAACCGAGAACGGUGAAGCUGGCGAAAACGUCACUUACGCGCUCUUACAGUCUUCAUCGCCAUCUUUUUGUGUCUUAGAACGCAUACCUACCCACCAUGCCUGAUGACAAUCUGCAAGAAGCAAUGGCGGGAAUGCGAGAGAGUGGAAAAUGGUAUCGUAAGUAUCAAAGUGGUAAAUUAAAGCUGUGCAGGCAGUUAGCUGACUUGAAACCGCAGUUUGAUGCCUGACAUUUUUAAGACAAAAUAGCUUGAACAGAAAAUAAGGUCCAUGUUUGCUCUCUGGCAUUAAUAAACGUGAAAGACUUGAUCCACAAAAAAUUUACUUGUUUAUGUGAUAACAUGGAAAUAUACAGCUCAACUACUUACGUGGAACCUUUCCUCCCCCCUCUCUACCCGGCGUUCAAAACCGCAAACGUCACUGAAACAUGAGGUUGCCAUUUAGUUUGGUGAAUUGUCAGCUAUUAUUGCGCUUAUUGCGCGUGUCGGUGUUGUUGGUAUCCAAAGGUCGCUCCUUUUAAAUGCAUGUUAAGCAAAAGUAGGGGUGUUCUGUUUCUGUCAGUUCAAAAAUUCGAGGCGUUUCCGACUGGUAUUAGAUUUGAUAACUGAAAAUACUAACUGCAAGUUUAUUGAACGGCUUCAAAACCUGGAGUUUAAGCCCAGAAUAAUUGAGCGGAAGGCACAGUCUCUUGUAUUUUCGUCGAUGAUUUAUGAAGGUUUAGUCCGGAGACGCUCUUGAACAAAGGUCAGGGAUGUUCGACUUCUGAAUACAAAUACGUCGGCAGUUUACAAAUGACAGUUAUGGACGACAAUGCAAUGUUUGGUGAAAUAAAUAAACUUGGUUUCCGGUGUUAUUUUGUUGCAGAGUGCCCCAACGGACAUCCCUAUUACGUUGGAGAAGUAAGUGACGCUUUUUACUGCCAUUUUAAAAGUUGCAAGUUUAAAACAAGACUUGUACCGUGGUCACCAACUCUACAUAUCUGUUUUCAUGGUUUAUUUUUACAUAAAUGUCAAAUCACAAGUUUCUCUUUCUCCUAACAAUGUUCUGCUAGGUUCCCUUGGUCUUACCGGUCGCUCAAGAGACCGGAUUCCAUACCAGGCAACUGAGUAUUUCUCAUGCUCCUUAGACGUUUUUAUUGUUUUAUUUUCAUUGUGAUCCUGUUUCCUUACCUUGCAGUGUGGCUGCCCUAUGGAGGUGAAGGCUUGUCCUGAGUGUAAAAUGAAAAUCGGUGGUAAAGAACACAAACCCUUUCGAGGAAAUACUAUAGCUGAGAGG